GGCAUGGCCCGCUUGCCGUGCCGGGCCCGGGAGUACGUGCUUGCUCGGGUCUUGGUCUUGUCUCUGACUCCUUUUGACUCACUCCCCUGAACUCGAUGGAAUUCCUUGGGUCCCCCCCCCCAUAUUGAAGGCUACCUAGCGUGCGAGAUGCCUUGCGCUUUGCCAGGUAACCCUUGUCCUCCAGGCAGUGAGGUCUUGGGCUAAAUCCACUUACAAAUGACUGAGUACGUACUACCAUUUCUCAUCAUAAAGCUUCAAAUACAUAUAGACCCCCUUCUUCCUAUGCUAUUUCCCUUUUUCAUUCCCACCAAACACUCACAAUACAAAGCCUUGAAAGAACAGACAAGAUUGCCUUUUCAACCACCAGCCAUUUCGAUUAACAUUUACAACACAACUCUCACCAACAACAACUACCCCUUCCAACCAAACACAACUGCAACCAUGAGCUCCCCUUACACUGUCCAAAUCCACCAGAGCACCAAGGAGCCUUCCAUCUCCAGCUCUUACAGCUACUCUUCUGGUUCGUACAGCUCUUCAACCAGCACAACGCCUCGAUCUCUUUCUCCUGGCGAUUACCGCGAGUACGGUGCUGACAAGCACACUACACAAGUCGCCAGCUCUGGUCGAAACUUGGUCAUCAACCACAACAAGGUCUCGUACGAGAAAGACUCGCCAGCACCAAAAUAUUCUGGCGCAUAUACGAGGAUCUAA